CGGAAAUUCAUAAGAAGAAGAAGAACUCUCUUAAUUUUUGAUCCUCGCACAUGUAGGCACCAUUACCUAGCGAAUCAACAAGAUUUUUCCUUAUUUAUUCGUUGUACCCGCUGGAAUCAUGCAGGUUUGCAACGUGUGCAGCAAACAGACACCAAAAUACAGAUGUCCAGCCUGCAAAAUACGAUAUUGUUCACUUGGCUGUUACAAGAGGCAUAAAGACACUUGUCUUCCUGCUGAGAAGCCUCCAUCUCUUAGCCCUGAAGCUAAGGAUGCUGUGAGCACUGAGUCGUGGAGUGUUGAUGAUCUUCUGCAUGAAGAUGACAUCAUUGACAAAGUACCUCUGCAGAGGCUCCAGUUGUUAGGUCAGUCAAAAGAGCUUAGAGACCUUCUUUGUAACCCCCAUCUGAGAGAGUUGCUGCGCUCAAUCGACAGCGCAGACAGCAAAGGAGACGCGAUGAAGGCCGCCAUGCAGGAGCCUCUGUUUGUUGAAUUUUCCGAUCAGUGUUUGAAAAUUGUAGAAAAUAAGGAGAAAUCAUUAACAUACAGUGAGGAUGGUUAUUUGUAAAACUGUACCUGCAGCAGUGUUUGGUGUUUUUGUAGGGGGGUUGAAUUACCUUUUUUUUUUAAUAUCUAUAACAUGUCUUGGGUUAAGCCACACAUGCCAUGAAUAUUGUAUAGCUGCUGCGGUUUUUCUUGUGCCUUGUCAUGCUACAGAAUAUUUAUCAUGUUUAAAUAAAUUGACAUUCAUUUAUUUCAA